GGAACAUUGUAAAACUCAGCUUCGAGCUAUUCGAUAUGGAGUCUGUGGCUGCAGGUUUUCCUUUAUGGCGUUGCUAUGGUGAUUAUGUAGAGGUACUAGACGUGUACGGAAGUGACAGAAAGUUCUGUGUUUGUCCUCGCUACGGUGAAGCACUUGCUGCUUCUAUAUCAGAUAAGAAGACACUGACGAGUCCAGGCUAUCCUCUCUUGCCUCCUGCCAGUUUGUUUUCAUGGUGGUGCAGAUGGAUACUCAAAGUACCGGAUGACCUUUCCACUGGUGGAGCAUAUGUAUUGAAAGUUACAUUUAAUCACUUCAAUCUGCAAAAAAGUUAUGAUAGACUCACUUUUUAUGAUGGUAUCGAUUCAUCAUACAAGCGUCUUGGAAAAUCAUAUACCGGAACGGUCCAUCCUGAUGUGAUUUAUUCCACA